AUGACCCUGGCUGCUGAAGCUGGAGGAGCUCAUUCAGGAGCUAUUUUUGUCUAUGCAGCUGAUGAGCAAGAGUCAGUGCAGAAAAGGACUUUCACAAAAUGGAUCAAUACUCACCUGGCUAAGCGCAAUCCUCCCUUGCUGGUGAAUGAUCUGUUUGAAGAUAUCAAAGAUGGGGUAAUGCUAAUUGCCCUUUUGGAGGUUCUUUCAGGGCAGAAGCUGCCUUGUGAGCAGGGACGUCAGCUGAAGCGAAUUCACUGGGUUGCCAACAUUGGCACAGCUCUUAAGUUUCUAGAAGGAAGACGGAUUAAGCUUGUCAACAUAAACUCAACUGAUAUUGCUGAUGGCAGGCCUUCUAUUGUGCUUGGCUUGGUGUGGACCAUAAUUUUAUAUUUUCAGAUUGAAGAGCUUACCAGCAAUCUCCCACAGCUGCAGUCAUUGUCUAGCAGCGCUUCUUCUGUGGAGAGUGUUGUCAGUUCAGAAACUGCGAGUCCCCCAAGCAAACGGAAGGUGGUAACCAAGGUCCAAGGAAGUGCCAGGAAGGCUUUGUUAAAAUGGAUACAGUACACAGCAGCAAAGCAAGUUGGAAUUGAAAUCAAAGAUUUUGGACAAAGUUGGAGGAGUGGUGUUGCAUUUCAUUCCGUUAUUCAUGCUAUCCGCCCAGAUUUAGUGGACAUGGAGAAAGUGAGGGGAAGAUCAAAUAGAGAAAACCUGGAAAAAGCCUUCACACUCGCAGAAGCAGAACUAGGAAUUCCAAGGCUCCUUGAUCCAGAAGAUGUGGAUGUUGACAAGCCAGAUGAAAAGUCUGUCAUGACCUAUGUAGCCCAGUUUUUGAAGCACUAUCCUGAUCCUCAUCAUACAGUGACUGAUGUGCAGGACAAUGAUGAACUUCAAGCAAUCCCAACUUUUGUCAUUUCUUUUAUGAAAUUUAAGAAGGAAGACAGACUGAUGCUGAGAGACCUAAAAGUGUGGGCAGAACAAUUUGAAAGAGACUUAGCCCGAGCACAGGUGGCAGAAACAAGCUUACAGGAGAAAUACCAGUCAUUUAAGCAUUUCAGAGUACAAUAUGAGGUAAAAAGGAAGCAGAUUGAACUUGUAACCCAGUCAUUAAGGAAAGAUGGUAAAUUAUCACUUGAUCAAGCUAUGGUGAAGCAAGCAUGGGACAGAGUUUCUUCCAGGCUACUUGAUUGGCACAUACACCUUGAUAAAUCUCUUCCUGCACCUUUGGGUACCAUAGGUGAUUGGCUCUAUAGAGCAGAGGCUGCUCUGAGGGAAGAAGUAACUGUUCAGCAAACUCAUGAGGAAACGGCAAAUGUAAUACACCGGAAGCUUGAACAACUUAAGGAUCUGCUGAAAAACAUAGAUGGUCACAAAAAGGCAUUCCAUGAGAUCCACGGGGCCAGAUCUGUUAACGGAGUGCCUAUUCCACCUGACCAGUUAGAGGAUAUGGCAGAGAGGUUUAAUUUUGUUGUCUCUUCAUCUGAGCUCCAUCUGUUGAAGAUGGAGUUUCUGGAACUGAAGUACCGUCUACUGUCACUCAUAGUCCUUGCAGAAUCAAAGUUAAAAUCAUGGAUUAUCAAAUACGGAAGGCGAGAGUCGGUGGAACUACUUCUUCAAAAUUAUAUUUCUGUUAUUGAAAAUAGUAAGUUCUUUGAGCAAUAUGAAGUUACUUACCAGAUCUUGAAAACAGCAGCUGAAAUGUAUGCCAAAGCAAAUGGCUCAGUGGAAGAAGUUGAGAAUGUGAUGAAAUUCAUGAAUGAAACAACAGCACAGUGGAGGAACCUCUCGGUAGAGGUGAGAAGUGUAAGAAGUAUGUUGGAAGAAGUAAUUGCUAAUUGGGACAGAUACAGCAGCACUGUGGCAGGUCUACAAGCUUGGCUGGAAGAUGCUGAAAAAAUGCUGAAUCAGCCUGAACAUUCUAAAAAGGAUUUCUUCCGGCACUUACCUCAUUGGAUCCAACAGCACACAGCCAUGAAUGAUGCUGGUAAUUUUCUUAUUGAAACGUGUGAUGAGACCAUUUCCAGAGACCUUAAACAGCAGCUUCUGCUACUAAAUGGAAGAUGGAGAGAGUUGUUUAUGCAAGUUAAGCAGUAUGCUCGAGCAGAUGAACUGGACAAAAUGAAGAAGGAAUACUUGGAUGGUGUUGCCCACUUAACAGCUUUUAUUGAUGGUAGCAAUAGGAAAUUUUCAGUCCCUGUAGAAGUGUCCUUCCUUGAUGUCAAAAUGUUUGUACAAGAUUUAGAAAAUAUUAAGCAGAAAUUGCCUGCGAUGGAAGCUCAGUACAAAAUGGUUACUAGAACAGCGCAACUUGUUACGAAAGAAGUUUCCCAAGAGGAAGUGAAUGAAGUGCUUGGAACUUUGACAAGGAUCAAAGAGCAGCUGAGCAAGGUUAAGGAGUAUUCCUGUGCCCUGCUGUAUGAAUGCCAGCAUCUGCUGUCUCCACUGGAAGAACUGGAGAAACAAAUCACACAUUUUUAUGAAUCUCUUGAAAAAGUCAAUGAAAUAAUUUCUAUCCUGGAUCCUGAAGCACAACCUACAACUGUUCUUAAACAAAAAGCCCAAGAUUUGGUAGCUUAUCAAGAAAACUGCAAGAAAGAUUUGUCCCUGAUUGAGAGAAAUAGUCAGAGUAUCCUGCAGUGUGUGUCUUCGAGUGAAGUAUUACAGCAUUUCCACCAGUCAACAUUUCAGAAGAAAGUUACACAAGUUCAGCUUACUUUUCAGAAUAUGGUCAGGAAAGCUGGUGACUGGAGAAAAAACAUAGAAGCAAAUAGCCGUUUGAUGAAGAAAUUUGAGGAGUCUAGAACAGAACUGGAGAAAGUAAUACAGAUUGCCAAUUGUUGCUUAAAAGAAAAAGGAAAUCCUGAAGAACUUCUCAGGAAACACAGCGAAUUUUUUAACCAGUUGGAUCAGAGAGUCCUAAAUGCCUUUCUGAAAGCGUGUGAUGAACUUACUGACAUCCUCCCAGAACAAGAGCAGCACAACCUGCAGGAAGCUGUGAGAAAACUCCAUAGGCAGUGGAAGGAUCUUCAAACAGAAGCCCCAUAUCAUUUGAUCCACUUGAAGAUUGAAGUACAGAAAAGCAAGUUCCUGGUCACGGUGGAGGAGUGCAAAGCUGAACUAGCUCGACAGAACAAGGUGUUAUCAAGAGAAGGCAAUGAAAGGAUGAUCAAGGAACACAUGUUGUUCUUCGGUGACAAGGGAGCUUACCAGCUAUGUGAGAAAAGGCUACAACGGAUUGAAGAACUGUGCCAAAAACUGCCAGUUUCUGAUCCAGUGAGGGCUACAUUGGAAAGCAGCCAACGGAUCCUGAAGGAGCUGAAAUCCCAGAUAGACAGUACAUACGUAAAGCUAACAGAGCACUCGGACACCUGGAAGGGCUAUAAGAACAGAUUUUCUGAAUUGGCAAAUUGGAUUUCAUCAACAGAAAGAGAUCUAAAGAAGAUAAAGGAAAGUGUCAAUGAUACUGCCAAAUACAAGCAAUGUAAAGCAUCCGUGGGGGAAAUCAGGAAGCAUAUUAACAAGCAAGGAGAAAAUCACAGCUGGCUGAAAUCUAGACUUGCUGUUUUGACCACAGUAUGUCCUGAAAUGGAAGCCAAAAAGACAGAGGCUGAGCUUUGUAAACUUUCCAGUGACUUCAAGGGACUCCUAGAUUUGCUGGCUGAGAUUGAAAAGACAUUAGGCACUGUUGGAGACUGCAUCCAGUACAAAGAAGAAGUUAAAAGUGCAAUUGAAGACUUAAUCAGCAACUCUAAAGAAGCUCAAGCAGAGGCUGAAAAGAUCCUGGAUACAGAAAGUUUAUUACAAGCUCAGCAACUACUACUUCAUCAUCAGCAAAGGACAAGGAGACUCCGUGCAAAGAGGCAAGAUGUGCAACAGCAGAUUUCCCAAGCUAAACAGUUGCAGAUUGAAGGUGGACUGCCCAGCACAAUGCAAGAGGAUUUACAGAAGUUGGAAGGAACACUGGAGAACAUGCAGCAGACUAUGGAGAAACGUGAAGAGCAACUGCAGGUCACAAUAAAUAAAUGGGAGCAGUUUGAAAGGGACAAAGAAACAGUAGUAAAAUAUCUCAAUCAAGCAAGCUCUGCACUUGAACGUAUCUUAAACUUUAGCAGUUUAGAGAGCCUCUCUGCAGAACUGGAUCAGACAAAGGAACUUUCGAAACAGACUGAAGCAAUGGCAGUGCAGGCUGAGAAUUUGGUGAAGAAUUCUUCUGAGAUACAGCUUGGUUCAAAGAACAAGCAGUCCCUUCAACAGCAGGCAAAAUCAAUCCAAGAACAAGUGAAAAAAGUGGAAGUUACUCUUGAAGAAGAUAUUAAAAGCAUGGAAAUGGUGAAAAACAAGUGGGAUCAUUUUGGCAAUAAUUUUGAAGCUCUGUCCAUCUGGAUAGCUGAACAAGAAAAAGAACUGGAAACUUUGGAAACAUCAUCAUCUCCAUUGGACUUACAGAUCAGCCAAAUCAAGGUUAUUAAUAAAGAAAUAGAUGGUAAAAUAACCGGAAUCUCAAAACUAGAAGAGGAAGCCGAGUCUUUUUCCCAGUUUGUUACCUCUGGAGAAUGUGCACAUAUUAAAGCCAAACUGACUCAGGUCAAAAGGUAUUGGGAAGAGCUAAGAAAUCAUGCACAGAGACUGGAAGGAACAAUCACAGGGAAUGCAUCAGCACAGCAGAAAUACGAAGAAAGUCUUAAACAGGUGCAGCGGGCAGUGUCUGAAUUUGAAGCUAAGCUAGCUGACCCUCUCACAUCAUGCUCUUCAGCAGCAGCAACAUAUGCAGCCCUUCAGGAUUGCACGGACCUUUGUCAUGCUGUGGAAAAACUGAGCAACACUCUGGCCUCUCUCUCAACCUGUGCCCGAAAGGUGGCCAACAAAGAAAAAGCUGCUCAGGAGGUUAUAGCAUUACAGCAGAAAUAUGAAAAGGUGCUAGAAAAUGCUAAAGAGAAACAGACCUUAUUAGAGACUCUUCUGGCUCAGUGGCAGAAGCAAGAGAAGGAGCUGUCUGCCUUCCUGACCUGGUUGGAGGGGUGUGAAGCUACAGCCAGACCUUCAGAGAAGUAUGUUUCUGCUGACAGAGUUAAACUGGAAGGUGAACUGCAGUCACUGCAGGAUUUGCAAGCAGAUAUUGAGUCCCAUGCUUCAGUCUAUGCGAGCCUAUUACAGUUAAAUGAGUCACUCUUCCCAACAGCUUCCAAACAGUGUGUGAAAACAAUAAAAGAAAAAUUUGAAGAGCUGGAUGACAGGUGGAAAGCUUUACCACAAACUGUUCAUAAAAGGAUCAACUUCCUUCAGUCUCUUGUUGCUGAGCAUGGGCAGUUUGAUGAGCUCCUGCUCAGGUUUUCAGACUGGAUUAAGCAGUUUCUUGCUGAACUACAAGCCACUUCAGAGAUAAACACAGCUGAUCAACAACUAGCUGCAUCUCUCAAUAAGAACCACUCAAUGGAAGUUGAAAGUAAGAAACAGCAGUUACAAAGUCUGAAGGAACAUGUAGAUAAAUUGUGUUCUUUCAGCUGCCCAGAGGACCAGCAGACAUUGCAGGGAAAGACUGAAGAUUGCUUUCAGAUCUUCCAGGAGGCAAGACAAAUAACUUGUCAAAGACAAAAGGCUCUGGAUCAGCUGCGAGUAUUCCUGGAGCUCCAUAGUGCUGCAUCAGGAGUGCUCCACCAGCUGAGGCAGACAGUGGAGAAAACAGGAAAUAUGGAUAAAGCUAAAUCUGAAUUACUGGAGAAGGAAUUCAAUGAUGUUAUUCAAGAUCUUAACAAGCUGGAAUCUGUUGCCAUCAGUUUGGAUGGUUCCCUUACUAAGGCCCAGUAUCAUCUAAAACACAGCAUUUCUGAGCAGAGGAUCUCCUGCAGGGCUGUGGUGGAUAAUCUGUGCUUGGAACUGGAGGCAGUUCAAAACCUGCUGGGAACCAAACAGAGUGAGGCAGAAGCUCUUGGAGCCUUGCGAAGAUCUUUUAUGGAACGUAAGGAACAGCUACUGAAGAGUAUUGAAGAUACUGAAGAAAAGGCUGACAAGGAGGGCCUGAACGAGGCAACACUACAAGCCCUCCAGCAAAGAUUGAGGAUCUUUAACCAGUUAGAUGAAGAAGUGAAUUCUCACCAGCAUGAACUCCAGUGGCUUAUGGACAAAGCAAAACAAAUCGCCCAAAAAGAUAUUACACUUGCUCCUGAGAUUGACAAAGAGAUAAAUCGCUUAGAAUCUCUGUGGGAGGAUACCAAGAAAGUUAUACAUGAAAAAAAGGAGCAGUCCUGCAUUCUUAUCGAUCUGAUGAAGGAAUAUCAGAGCUUGAAGUCAACAGUAAUGAAAGUCAUAGACAGUGCUGACAGUGCUUCUGUCAUCAAAUCCAUUUGGAAGAAUCAUGAAGAUGUCAGGCGAACUUUAUCAAAACAUGAAGCUGCCAAGAAUGAUCUGAGUGAUAAACAAAAAGACCUGGAUACUUUCACCAAUAAAGGAAAACAUUUGUUAGCAGAACUGAAAAGAGUGCAUAACUGUGACUCCACUGCGGUAAAAACAGAUAUGAACUGUACAGUGGACAAAUGGCUAGAUGUGUCUGAAAGAAUUGAAGACAACAUCGACCGGCUGAGUGUAAGCGUGUCUCUAUGGGAUGACAUCCUGAAAACUGGAGAUGAAAUGGAUGGAUGGUGCAAUAAGUGCAUUUCUCAAAUGAAUGAAGGCAUCAGCAACUUGAGUAACAGUCAAAGAAUGGAGGUCCUCCUGAAAGACUUCCAGUCUGAAGUCAAGGAAAAAGAACUGAAGUUGGAGCAGCUUAGUUCCAAAAUUUCAGAUCUCAAAGAACUGACUCAUAGUCAAGAGCCUCCUGCAGAUCUCCAGUUUAUAGAAUCAGAUUUGAGGCAGAAGUUGGAACAUGCCAAAGAAAUGUCAGAGACAGCAAAAGAGACACUGAAAGAUUUCAGUACUCAGAAGAUGCAGUUACAGAAGUUUAUUGAUCAGAUGACAGACUGGUUAACGAAAGUGGAAGAGACACUGUUAAGCUGUGCACGUAACCUGGAUCCUGAAGCUCUAAACAAAGUGAAGGAAACACAAAAAGAUCUUCAGCUUCAGCAGAGCAGCAUUGACUCGACCCGUGAGAACCUCAACAGUCUGUGUCGCAAAUACCAUUCUGUAGAGCUGGAAACUCUUGGUGGCACUGUCACUUCAUUAAUAAAGAAGUAUGAAGCUGUGAAUCAGCUCUGUUCCAGAACACAGGCCAGCAUGCAAGAGUCCUUUGAAAAACAUUUCCUCUAUUCUAUGCAAGAAUUCCAGGAAUGGUUUUCUGGUGUGAAGGCUGCAGUAAAAGAAUCAUCUGACAGGUCUGGAGACAGCAAAGCCAUAGAGGCAAAGCUACAUGACUUGCAGAGUGUGUUGGAUUCUGUUAGUGAGGGACAGAACAAGUUAGACGCUGUCUGCAAGGAAGGAGAAGGUUUGUACGCUUGCUUACCCAAACCAGUUGUGAGCCAUAUUCAGGAGCAAAUAGCGAAGUCUAAGCAGAACUUCCAGGAGUUCCUCAACCAGUGUCUGAAUGAUAAGGCGGCCCUGGAAGCUUGUGCCUCACACCUGGGAAGCUUUGAAGAUCAGUACAAGAAACUUGGCCUGUGGAUACAUGACAUGGAAGAAAGAAUAAGCACAGAAGCAUUAGGAGAGAGCAAACAGCUUGUUCCUGAGAAGAAAAAGGAGGUGCAGAAAGUGGAAAAGUUCCUGGAAGAGUUACUGAAUUCAAGGGAACGUUUUGAUAAGCUGUCUCAAAUGGCACAGACUUUAAAUGAAGAAGGCCAUGGUGCAGGGAGGGAAGUGCGCCUGGCCUCUCAACAUCUCACCAAUUAUCAAAACAUGGUCAAAACUGUCAAGGAGAAGCUGCGAACAUGUCAGCUUGCACUCCAAGAGCAUCUCACUUUGGAGGAGGCAUUGCAGAGUAUGUGGUCAUGGGUCAAAGAGGUUCAAGAUAAACUGGCAUCAUCAGAGAGCACUGUUGGUAGCAAAGCCACACUAGAGAGACGACUGGCACAAAUUCAGGAGAUCCUCUUACUCAAAGGUGAUGGUGAAGUUAAGCUGAACAUGGCCAUUGGCAAAGGAGAACAAGCACUUAGAAGCAGCAAUGAGGAGGGACAAAAGGUGAUACAAACCGAGCUACAGACGCUGAAGGAUGUGUGGAACGACAUCAUCAGGACCUCAGUGAACUGGCAGAGCUGCCUAGAGUCUGUCAUUAGCCAGUGGAAUGAAUAUCUGGAAAGGAAAAACCAGCUGGAACAGUGGUUAGAGAAAUUGGAUCACAAAGUGGAACGGCCUUUAGAACCACAGAUUGGUCUGAAGGAGAAGUUUGCUCAGCUGGACCACUUCCAGGCUAUUGUUUCUGAGAUAGAGGAUCACUCUGGUGAUUUACAGCAACUCACUGAAAAAGCUGUGGAACUGUAUGAAAAAACAGAGGAUGAUUCUUUUGGAGAAGCAGCUCAAGAAGAAUUAAAAACACAGUUUAAUGAUAUCACAACUGUAGCCAAGGAGAAAAUGAGGAAAGUGGAAGAUAUUGUGAAGGAUCAUUUGCUAUACCUUGAUGCUGUGCAUGAAUUCACAGACUGGCUCCAUUCUGCAAAGGAAGAGCUGCACCGCUGGUCAGAUGCAUCUGGAGAUGAAUCAACCAUACAGAAAAAGCUGGCUAAAAUCAAUCAUGUCCGCGUGGAGCCCCGGGCCCCCGCCGCGCAGCGCAGCCCGCCCGCCGGCGGGUGCCAGCUGCUGGCCGCCGAGAUGCAGGCCCUGCAGUCGGACUGGAAGCAGUGGGAAGAGAGCGCCUUCCGGAGCCAGAGCCGCCUGCGGGAUGUGCUGAGCCAGAUGGCCCUGUCGGAGCAGGAGUUCGCGGCGCAGGUCGCGCAGCUGGAGGGGGCCGUGCAGCGGUUCGGCGGGCUGCUGGCCGCCUGGUCGCGGAGCCUGGUCCCCCUCGACAGCCGGCACACCGACGCCGAGGUCGUGGAAAGCUGGCGCAAGGAGAAAGAAACAUUGGAUGCUCUGGUAAAGUCUGAACAUAUGACAGAUGAGAUCAAAACUCAGUUAAAUGAUCUUUGUAGAUUUUCCAGAGAUUUGAGUACUCAUUCUUCAAAAGUUUCAGGGCUGAUUAAGGAGUAUAACAGCCUGUGCCUGCAAGCUUCAAAAGGAUGUCAAAGCAAAGAGCAGAUCUUGCAGCAAAGAUUUCGAACGGCUUUCAGGGACUUCCAGCAGUGGCUCGUCAAUGCAAAAGUCACCACAUCCAAAUGCUUUGACGUGCCUCAAAAUAUCAGUGAAGCUUCAGCAAGUCUGCAGAAAAUACAGGAAUUCUUGUCAGAAAGUGAGAAUGGGCAACAAAAACUAAACCUGGUAGCAUCCAAAGGAGAACUGCUCUGCUCUGUUUUACCAAAGGAAAAGGCUAAAGUUAUCCAGGACAAAUCUGCUACCGCUAAAGAAGACUGGAAAAAAUUUAUCGCCACCCUCCACCGUAAGGAAUCUGCAUUGGAGAACUUAAAGAUCCGGAUGAAGGACUUCGAAGCAACUGCUGAGCCUCUGCAAGAGUGGCUGACCACAACUGAGAGGAUGGUACAAGGAAGUAGCAGUCGGCUCCAUGAUCUUCCUUCCAAGAGGAGAGAACAGCAAAAAUUGCAGUCUGUCCUUGAGGAAAUAAGCUGCCACGAGCAUCAGCUCAACAGGCUAAAAGAGAAAGCUCAGCAGCUGUGGGAAGAGCAAGCUGUCAGCAAAAGCUUUAUGCGCAGGGUGUCUCAGCUGUCUUCUCAAUAUCUUACUCUAAGCAAUCUGACAAAGGAGAAAGUUUCCAGAAUGGAUAGGGUCGUAGCAGAGCACCAGCAGUUCUUGUACAGUGCCAAGGACCUCCAGGACUGGGUGGCUGAUGCAGUUCACAUGCUGGAUUCCUACUGUCGUCCCACUGCAGACAAGAGCGUGCUGGACAGCCGGAUGUUAAAGCUAGAGGGACUGCUAGCAGUGAAAGGAGAAAAAGAAAUCCAAAUGAAAAUGGUUCUGACAACAGGAGAAUCUGUUCUGCAAAAUACUUCUCUGGAGGGAGUACCAGUGAUUGAACAGCAGUUGCAAACCCUGAAGGACAGCUGGGCUUCUCUUCUGUCUGCUUGCAUCCAGUGCAAGAGUCAACUGGAAGGAGCUCUCUCCAAAUGGACAAGUUACCAGGAUGAUGUUCGUCAAUUUUCCAGCUGGAUGGAUAAAGUAGAAGCAAGUAUGAACGCUUCUGAAAGGCAGUAUGCUGAACUGAGGGAAAAAACAGCUGCCCUUAGCAAAGCAAAGCUACUGAGUGAAGAGGUGUUGAGUCACAGCAGCCUGUUGGAGACAAUUGAAGUGAAAGGAAGUGGGAUGGCUGAGCAUUAUGUCACUCAGCUGGAACUCCAGGACCUUCAGGAGCGGUAUAAGUUCCUCAAAGACAGAACAAGGGAGGCAGUAACAAAAGCUGAAGGACUGCUUAACUUACAUCAAGAGUACCAAAGAAAUCUGAAGACCUUUGAAGUAUGGCUGGAGAAGGAACAGGAAAAACUUGACUGUUUAUCACAUCUUGAUGGUGAUGCCCAGAAACAGGAGGCAACACUCCGAGACUUACAGGAGCUGCAGGUCCAUUGUGCAGAAGGACAAGCAUUACUGAAUGCUGCUGUCCAUGCCAGAGAGGAGGUGAUUCCCUGGGGCAUUCCCCAGAUAGAAGACCGAGCCCUGGAAUCCUUACGGCAGGAUUGGCAAGUUUAUCAGCACAGGCUUUCUGAAGCAAGAAGCCAAUUAAAUGCCACUGUGAGCAGACUGAGAUUAAUGGAGAAAAAAUUUCAGAAGGUUAAUGACUGGCUAACAGAUCUGGAGAAGAAAGUUGCUAUCAGGACUGGGAGGCAGUCUGGUAGAGCAACAAAGGAGAUGCAGCUUCAACAAAUGAAGAAGUGGCAUGAAGAAAUUACAAUCUACAAAGAUGAUAUGGAGGAAGUUGGGGUAUUGGCUCAGCAAAUGCUAGAGGAAAGUCUCACUGCAAGUCGAAUGGGAAGCCAGGCUACACAGCUUACAUCUCGCUACCAAACUCUUCUUCUUCAUGUCUUGGAGCAAAUCAAGUUUCUGGAAGAAGAAAUACACUGUAUGGAGGAGUCAGAACUGGCUUUUAGUGCUUACACAAAUUGGUACGGAGCUACUAACAAGAACUUCAGAAAUGCAAUCACCAAGUUUGACGUGGUUGAUAAAACAGCAAUGGAGAAAAAAGUGCAGAAACUAGAGCUGCUAUUGGGUGAUAUGGACGUAGGCCACAGUUUACUGAAAUCUGCCCGUGAGAAGGGGGAGCGAGCAAUAAAGUACAUGGAAGAAAAUGAAGUUGACCAGUUAAGAAAAGAAAUUGGAGAUCAUGUAGAACAGCUUGAAGAGCUGGCUGGCUCCAUCAGAAAAGAGCACAUGACUUCAGAGAAAUGCCUUCAGCUGGCAAAGGAGUUCUCAGAUAAGUACAAGGCACAGACUCAGUGGGUCAUGGAGUACCAAGCCAUGUUACGUGCUCCAGCGGAGCCAAAGAGCGAACUCUAUGAGAAGAAGGCCCAGUUGUCCAAAUACAAGUCCAUGCAUCAGACUGUUCUGUCCCAUGAGCCUUCAAUAAAAUCAGUGAUUGAAAAGGGAGAAGCACUUUUUGAUCUGGUGAAUGACGUGACUCUGAAGAACAACAUUCAAGACCUUCAGAGCAGUUACCAGGAACUCUGUGGUGCAACAAAGGCAUAUGUUGAAACCUUAGAGGUGAGAGUAAAAGAACAUGAAGAUUACAACAGUGAUUUGCAAGAAGGGGAGAAAUGGUUAUUACAUAUGUCCAGCAGGCUGGUCAGCCCUGACCUCAUGGAGAAUAACAAUCUUGAAACAAUCACUCAGCAGCUAGCUAACCACAAGGCUAUCAUGGAAGAAAUUGCAGGAUUUGAAGAUCGUUUGAACAAUCUUAAGAGUAAAGGUGAUUACUUGAUCAAUCAAUGCACAGAACACCUUCAAGCAAAAUUUAAGCAAAACAUACAAAGCCAUCUUCAGGGGACAAAGGACAGCUAUUCUGCCAUAUGCAGCACAGCCCAGAGAGUGUACCAGAGUUUGGAAAAUGAACUCCAGAAGCAUGUUAAUCAUCAGGAUACCCUACAACAGUGCCAGACUUGGCUGUCUACAGUGCAGUCAGAGCUAAAGCCAACUACCUGGCCACCUUUCAGCCUGGCAGAUGCAGUUAAACAGGUGAAACAUUUCCGGGCUCUGCAGGAGCAGGCCAAUACAUACUUGGAUCUUUUGUGCUCCAUGUGUGAUCUGUCAGAUGCCACAGUGAAGAGUACAGCAACAGAUAUUCAACAAACAAAACAAACGAUUGAGCAACAGAUAAUGCACUCACAGUAUUUGGCUCAAGGUUGGGAAGAGAUCAAACAAAUGAAGGCUGAGCUCUGGAUAUAUUUCCAGGAUGCAGAUCAACAACUACAGAAUUUGAAAAGGAGACGGGCAGAGUUGGAGCUAAACAUUGCCCAGAAUAUGGUACUCCAGGUUAAGGAAUUCAGUCAGAAGUUGCAGUCUAAGCAGUCAGCUCUUACAUCUGUGACUGAGAAGAUGAACAAACUAACCCAAGGACAGGAAUCACCUGAACACAAGGAAAUAGGAGAGCUGAGUAACCAGUGGCUGGACCUCUGCCUUCAGGCACACAGUUUGCUCAUACAGAGGGAGGAGGAUCUGCAGAGGACGGGGGAUUAUCACGAUCGCAUGAAUGUAGUUGAAGUUUUCUUGGAAAAGCUCACAAAAGAGUGGGACAACCUGGCUAGAUCUGAUGCUGAAAGUACAAAUGUGCACCUUGAAGCUUUGCAAAAAUUGGCACUGACACUAGAGGAAAGGAGAUUUGCUCUGGAAGAUUUGAAAGAUCAGAAACAGAAAAUGAUAGAACAUCUGAAUCUUGAUGAUAAAGAAUUAGUAAAGGAGCAAUUUGGUCACUUUGAGCAACGCUGGACUCAGCUGGAGGACCUUGUCAAAAGGAAAAUUCAAGUUUCUGUUUCAACCUUAGAAGAGCUCAGUUUGGUGCAUUCCAAAUUUCAGGAACUAAUGGAAUGGGCAGAGGAGCAGCAACCUAGUAUCUCAGAGGCUCUUAAACAGAGCCCUCCUCCAGAUCUGGCUCAGAGUCUUCUUGUGGAUCAUCUUACCAUUUGCAGCGAGCUUGAAGCCAAACAACUUGUUCUGAAGACGCUUGUGAAGGAUGCUGACAGGGUGAUGACCAACCUAGGGCUCAAUGAAAGGCAGGAGCUGCAGAAAGCACUUUCUGAUGCACAGCACCAUGUAGAUUGUCUCAGCAAUCUGGUUGGCCAGAGAAGAAAGCACCUGAAUAAAGCACUGUCUGAAAAGACUCAGUUUCUUAUGGCAAUCUUUCAGGCUACAAACCAAAUUCAGCAGCAUGAGAAGAAGGUAACUUUUCCAGAACACAUUUGUCUGUUGCCGGAAGAUGUGAACAAACAGAUCAGGACUUGUAAGAAUGCCCAGGCUAACCUGAAGGCCUAUCAAAAUGAAGUCACGGGGUUGUGGGCCCAAGGAAGGGAUUUAAUGAAAGAAGCAACAGAACAAGAAAAGAGUGAAGUGUUAGGUAAACUGCAAGAACUACAGAAUGCGUAUGACACUGUUUUACAGAAGUGUAACCAGAGAUUGUUAGAACUAGAGAAAAAUAUAGUUUCCAGGAAAUAUUUCAAAGAAGACUUGGAUAAAGCUUGCCAUUGGCUAAAACAAGCUGAUAUUGUCACAUUCCCAGAAGUCAAUGUAAUGAAUAGUAACACUGAACUAUACACGCAGUUGGCAAAAUAUCAACAGAUUCUUGAGCAAUCUCCAGAAUAUGAAAAUCUGUUACUUGCGCUGCAAAGAGAUGGCCAAGAAAUCCUGCCAUCACUUAAUGAAGUGGAUCAUUCUUAUCUGGAUGAAAAACUUAACAUUCUCCCUCAGCAAUUCAAUAUUGUCACUGCUCUGGCAAAAGAAAAAUUAUAUAAGGUUCAGGAAGCAAUUUAUGCCAGAAAAGAGUAUGCCUCUCUGAUUGAGUUGACAAGUAAAGCUCUGACUGAGCUAGAAGAUCAGUUUAUUAACAUGGACAAAGCUCCAGCUGCUGUUUUAGCCAAAGAAGCUGUGUCACUCCAGCAGGCCUACAGAGAUCUCUUAGGUGAAGUGAUGAGCCUUGGUGCAGCAGUGGAUGAACUAAACCAGAAGAAAGAAGGCUUUCGAAGCACUGGCCAGCCAUGGCAAGCAGAUGAGAUGUUAAAACUCGUCACUCUAUAUCACAAGUUGAAGAGGCAAAUAGAACAGAAAAUCAACCUGUUGGAAGACACAAUAGAAGCGUGCCAAGAGCAUGAGAAAAUGUGUAUGCAGUUUGAGGCGCAACUAGAGGCAGUGAAGAAGGAACAGAUUAAGGUAAAUGAAGAAACGCUCCCAAUAGAAGAAAAGUUGAAAAUAUACCAUUCUCUGGUGGGCAGCUUGCAAGACCUGGGGAGUCUUCUGAAGCGAAUAACUGAACAUCUGGAAGCCCUUUCUCCUCAGCUUGACUCAUCUGCGUGUGAGACAGCAAAUCACCAAGUGCAGUCUUGGCAAGAGAAACUAAAGUCUUUGCAUGCUGCCAUUGGUGACACUGUGAUGGAGUGUGAGAACAGACUUGUGCAAAGCAUAGACUUCCAGACAGAAAUCUGCCGCUCACUCGACUGGUUGAGAUGGGUGAAAACAGAACUUAAUGGAACAUUAAGUUUGGACCUCAAACUGCAAAGCAUACAAGAAGAAAUCCGAAAGGUUCAGAUACACCAGGAAGAAGUGCAGUCGAGUCUGAGAAUAAUGAAUGCACUGAGCAAUAAAGAGAAAGAGAGAUAUAUGAAAGCAAAGGAGCUGAUACCUGCUGACCUGGAAAACACUCUUGCUGAGCUGACAGAACUAGAUGGUGAAGUUCAAGAAGCUAUACACAUGAGACAGGCUACCUUGAAUAAAUUAUAUAGCCUCUGCCAAAGAUACUACCAAGUGAUGCAGAUAGCAAAUGACUGGCUUGAAGAUGCUCAGGAAUUUCUACAUUUAGCAAGAAAUGGUCUUGAUGUUGAGAACUCUGAGGAGAACCUAAGGAACCACAUUGAAUUUUUCAGCACAGAAAGUCAGUUCAGUAAUCAUUUGAAGGAGUUACAGGGCCUUGUGUCUGAGAUAGAGCCCUUUAUCCAAGCCACAGCAAGAGAGCAGCUGAUGCAGAAUGUAGCUGCAUUGGAGGAAAAGGCCAAAGUGACAAAGCAAGAAGCCAAAUCCCAACAAGAGCAGUUGCAAAGGUGUGCUUCUGAGUGGCAGGAAUACCAGACAGCAAGACAGAAGGUUAUUGAAGUGAUGAAUGAGGCUGAGAAAAAAUUAUCUGAAUUCUCGGUAGCUAAAGCUGCUUCUUCUCAUGAAGCAGGAGAGAAAUUGCUAACACAUAAGACUCUUGUGUCUGUAGUGAAUUCUUUCCAUGAGAAGAUCACAGCCUUAGAAGAAAAGGCUUCACAGCUGGAAAAAGUUAGCAAUGAUGCCAGUAAGGCAACUAUAAGUAGAUCCAUGACAACGGUUUGGCAGCGCUGGACGCGGCUCCGGAAUGUAGCCCAAGAACAAGAGAAAAUUUUGGAAGAUGCAGUGCAGGAAUGGAAGGACUUUAAUGAUAAGAUUCAGAAAGCCACCAUAGCCAUAGAUCAGCUACAAGGUCGCUUACCAGAAAGCUCAGUGGAAAAGGCAUCCAAGACAGAGCUCCUGGAACUCCUGGAUUACCACAGCAGUUUCCUUCUGGAGGUGGAGCACCAGCUGUCAUCUUUGGGCCUCCUCAAACAGCAUGCUGUCAGCAUGCUUCAGGAUGUGGAAAUAAAGCCUCCAUCUCAGGAGGAACUACCAGUCAUGCAAGAAAUCAAAGCAAUGCAAGAUCGAUGCCACAAUAUGCAACAGAAGGUGAAAAAAGGUGUGAAGAUGGUGAAACAGGAGCUGAAGGAGCGGGACGAGGUUGAAGCAAAGAUUAAUAGUGUGGAGUCCUGGAUCCAGGAAACAAAAGAAUAUUUAUUAAGCCCUGAUGUAGAAGUGGAUACUCAACUUCAGGAGUUGCAGUCUCUCCUUGGUGAAGUAACUACUCAUCGCCAGGCUGUUGAAAAAAUGACUGAACAACAACAGAAUAAGUAUUUGGGGCUUUAUACCAUUUUGCCUUCUGAACUCUCUCUUCAUUUAGCAGAAGUUGGGCUGGCCCUUGUAACUGUGCAAGAUCAGAUUGAAACCAAAGAAAGAGAAACUCAGCAGAUCAAAACAUUGAAUCAAGAGUUCAGUCAGAAAAUCCAGGGGAUAGCAAAUGAACUAAAUGCCAUUCUUUCCAAACUGAAAAAGAAAACAAAUGAUAUAGCACAGGCUAAACUUGAACAAAAGAUCCUCGGUGAAGAGUUGGACAGCUGCAAUAUAAAGCUGUUGGAAUUAGAUGCAUCAGUCCAGGACUUUGCAGAGCAGAACGUACUGCUGGCUAAGCAGCUGGCUAACAGGAUAGGGAAACUCACUGCAUUGCACCAACAGACCAUACAGCAGGCUGAGUACAGAGCAGUCAAGCUCAGUCAGGCUGCUUCACACUUGGAAGAAUACAAUGAGAUGUUGGAGUUCAUAUUGAAAUGGAUCGAGAAAGCAAAUAUCCUAGUGCAUGGUAGUAUAACAUGGAAUUCUUCCUCUCAGCUUCGUGAUCAGUUUAAAGCCUACCAGACUAUGCUUGAUGAGUCCGGGGAGAUUCAUGGUGAUCUUGAGGCCAUGAGUGAGAGGAUUGAGUAUCUGGCAAGUGUAUACUGCACUGAAGGAAUGUCACAGCAAGUGCUGGAACUGGGGCGGCGGACAGAGGAAUUACAGCAAAUUAUCAAAUUGCGGCUACCAAAUCUCCAAGAUGCUGCCAAGGACAUGAAGAAAUUUGAAGUUGAGUUGAGAGCCCUGCAGGCUGCUCUGGAGCAAGCCCAAGCCACACUGACCCCUCCGGAGCUUGGGCAUUUGAGCCUGAAAGAGCAACUUUCUCACAGACAGCAUCUAUUGUCUGAAAUGGAGUCACUGAAGCCAAAAGUUCACGCAGUACAAGUCUGUCAGAGUGCCCUGAGGAUUCCUGAAGAGGUGGUCACCGGCCUGCCAAUGUGCCACAGUGCCCUCCGCCUCCAGGAGGAGGCCAGCCGCCUGCAGCACACUGCCAUUCAGCAGUGCAACAUCAUGCAGGAAGCAGUGGUUCAGUAUGAGCAAUAUGAGCAAGAAAUGAAACAUUUACAGCAAAUGAUAGAGAGUGCCCAUCGUGAGAUCCAAGACAAGCCAAUAGCAACCAGCAAUAUCCAGGAACUCCAGGUCCAGAUUUCGCAUCAUGAGGAGCUGGCUCAGAAGAUCAAAGGAUACCAGGAGCAAAUUGCUUCUUUGAAUUCGAAGUGCAAGAUGCUGACAAUGAAAGCGAAACAUGCCACCAUGCUGCUGACAGUGACAGAAGUGGAGGGGCUUUCAGAGGGAAUGGAGGAACUGGAUUCAGACCUGCUCCCAACACACCCUGCUCAUCCCUCGGUGGUUAUGAUGACUGCUGGUCGCUGUCACACGCUGCUCUCCCCUGUCACUGAGGAGUCUGGGGAGGAGGGAACCAACAGUGAGAUUUCUUCUCCACCUGCCUGUCGCUCUCCCUCACCUGUGGCUAAUACAGAUGCUUCUGUUAACCAGGACAUUGCUUAUUACCAAGCCUUAUCUGCUGAACAGUUGGCCUUAUCUGCUGAACAGUUGCAGACAGAAGCUGCUAAAAUUCAACCCAGCACUUCAGCCAUUCAGGAGUUUUAUGAACCAGGCUUGGAAUCAGCUGCUAGUGCCAAAUUGGAUGAUUUGCAACGUUCUUGGGAAACGCUGAAAAAUGUGAUCAGUGAAAAGCAGCGCACCCUCUAUGAAGCUCUUGAGCGUCAACAGAAAUAUCAGGACACGCUCCAGUCUAUAUCCACAAAAAUGGAGACCACUGAGAUCAAACUAAAUGAGAGUCUGGAACCAGCCAAAAGCCCGGAGAGCCAGAUGGCUGAACAUCAGGCUUUGAUGGAUGAGAUUUUAAUGUUACAAGAAGAAAUCACUGAGCUUCAGACAUCAUUAGCCCAGGAGCUGGUUUCAGAACCACUGGAUACAGAAGCUGCUGAUCAGCUGGCAUUGCAAUCCACUCUCACAGUCUUGGCAGAGCGAAUGGCCACAAUUCGAAUGAAGGCAUCAGGAAAACGACAACUAUUAGAGGAAAAACUGAAUGAGCAGCUGGAAGAACAGCGGCAAGAGCAGGCUCUUCAAAGGUACCGUUGUGAAGCUGAUGAGCUUGACCACUGGCUACUCAACACCCGAGCCACACUGGACACCACUCUGGUUACUGCUGAGGAACCUAUGGAUAUGGAAGCACAGCUGGUAGACUGUCAGAACAUGCUGGUUGAAAUAGAGCAGAAGGUGGUAGCCUUGUCAGAGUUGUCUGUGCACAACGAAAACUUGCUUAUGGAGGGGAAGGCUCACACCAAGGACGAGGCAGAGCAGCUGGCUGUGAAGCUCAGGACGCUGAAGGGCAGCCUUCUGGAGCUGCAGAGAGUGCUCUAUGACAAACAGAUCAACAUACAGGGAUCAUUACAAGAAAAGGAGGAGAGUGAUCUGGACUUUGUUUCCUCACAAAGCCCCAGUGUCCAAGAAUGGCUGGCGCAAGCAAGAACUACUCGUUCACAGCAGCAGCAGAGCACUCUGCAGCAACAGAAAGAGCUGGAACAAGAGCUAGAAGAGCAGAAGAAUCUGCUUCGGUCAGUAGCAUGCCGUGGAGAAGAAAUCCUAACACAGCAAGGUGCUCCAGAAGGCCUAUGUAUAAGGUGUGCUUUCAUGUGUUCUUCUGCAAAUGAGAAGCCUGAUACACUCUCUGAGGAAUUAGGCUUGGAAGGUGAGAAGCCAUCACCUGAAGAACAGAUGAAGAUGAAAUGGGAAAGCCUGAACCAGGAAUUCAAUACCAAGCAGAGACUGCUCCAGAAAGCUUUAGAACAAGAACAGCUGCAGCUUUAUAGCAGACCAAACAGACUGCUACCUGGGAUGCCUUUGUAUAAGGAGGAAGGACAGAAUGAGGAUAAAUCCUCAGUGUCACCAGUAUUGGUUGAAUUGAAUCAGGCCUUUGAAGAUAUGUCAUCUGAGGCUGGACGGGUGGAGGAGAGCCUGCAUCUUGAACAGAAGCUGUAUGAUGGUGUCACAGCCACUUCCUUGUGGCUAGAUGGUGUGGAAGAACAGGUCUUUGUUGCCACAGCUCUGUUGCCAGAGGAAGAAACAGAAACAUACCUCUGCAAGCAAGAGUCUCUUGCCAAAGAAAUCAAAGAGAUAACAGAAGAAAUGGAUAAGAACAAGAGUCUGUUUGCUCAGAUAUUUCCUGAGAAUGGUGAUAAUAGGGAUAUUAUAGAAGACACUUUGGAUUGUCUCCUGAGAAGACUGACCUUGCUGGAGUCAGUAGUAAACCAGAAAUGCCACCAGGUGAAAGGAAGGCUCCAGCAAAUAGUGACUUUCAAGAAUGAUCUGAAGCUCCUGUUUACAUCGGUGGCUGAUAACAAAUAUUUAGUUCUACAGAAACUAGAAGAGGCUGUUAAGAGACCAGAAACAGAACAAAUGCAGGUCAUACUGCAGGCAGAAGAAGGUUUGAAGGAACUAGAUACUGGAAUCAAUGAAUUAAAGAAACGUGUAGACAAGCUACAAAUUGACCAACCUUCUGUGCAAGAGCUGUCUAAGAUCCAGGAUAUGUAUGAUGAGUUGAUGAUGAUCAUUGGAUCCAGACGGAGUGACCUGAAUCAGAAUCUGGCUCUUAAGAGACAGUAUGAACGGGCUUUGCAGGACCUGGCUGACCUGUUAGAAACAGGCCAAGAAAAGAUGGCUGGUGACCAGAAAAUGAUUGUUGCUUCUAAGGAAGAGGUUCGAUCACUACUUGAGAAACAUAAGGAAUAUUUUCAGGGGUUGGAAUCUCACAUGAUCCUGACAGAAACGCUCUUUAGAAAGAUGAGUAGCUUUGCCCUCUUGAAGGAAACUCAGUCACAUUCAGAGCUAAUGACACAAGCUUCAGCUGUGUUAAAGCUGGCUCAUAAACGAGGUGUGGAGCUGGAAUACAUUCUAGAGACCUGGAUGUGUCUAGAUGAAGAUUACCAGGAACUUACCAGACAGCUGGAGUCUGUUGAAAGUAGCAUCCCCACUGUUGGUUUGGUGGAAGAGACGGAGGACAGGCUUACAGACCGGAUUACACUUUUUCAGCAUCUGAGAGCUGACCUGACUGAAUACCAACCUAAAUUAUAUCAAGUGCUAGAUGAUGGGAAAAGGCUCCUCUUUUCUGUUAGCUGCUCAGAUCUUGAAAGUCAACUGAACCAACUUGGAGAACGCUGGUUAAGUAACACCAGCAAGGUUACCAAGGAGCUUCACAGGCUGGAGACAAUACUGAAGCACUGGACAAGAUAUCAGAGUGAAUCAAGAGAACUGACACAUUGGUUACACUCUGCAAAGGAGCGACUUGAGUUUUGGAGCCAGCAGUCUUUGACAGUUCCUCAGGAACUGGAAACAGUCCGAGACCACCUGAACUCCUUUUUGGAGUUUUCAAAAGAAGUUGAUGCUAAAUCAUCACAGAAAUCCUCUGUCCUGAGCACUGGGAACCAGCUCCUCAGGCUGAAGAAGGUGGAUACAGCAGCACUGCGUGCGGGAUUGUCCCAUAUUGACAGUCAGUGGACAGAGCUGCUCACACAAAUCCCAGCAGUACAAGAGAAAUUGCACCAGCUCCAGAUGGACAAAAUUCCUUCUCGCCAUGCUAUCACUGAAGUUAUGAGCUGGAUUUCCCUG